AUGUCAGAGGUAAAGCCUGCACAUGAAAUUACUGAAGUAACACUGGAAAAUGGAACUGUUAUCCAUAUCAAUGAUCACGUCUACCUCGCUCCAGAGCACCUUGGUGAACCCUAUUACAUUGGCAGAGUGAUGGAAUUCUGUACUUCCCAUAAACGAAAAGGGCUACAGGCUAGAAUAGCUUGGUAUAACAGACUCAAAGAUGUCAUCAACAGGAAAUCGGCUGAUCCCUGCUUACUGGUGGCCACUAUGCAUUCUGAUGUGAAUCCUGUAUCCUCCAUUCGUGGUAAAUGUACCGUAACUCACAAAUACUAUAUACCCAAGAAUGAGUUUGAGGCCUACAGAAAAGAGCCAGAUAAUUUCUACUACCAUCAGCUCUAUGAUCGAUAUAUCCAACGAGUUUAUGAUGUCGUUCCAUGUGAAACAGUUCAAAAUGUGCCCAUGGAUAUAUUGGAAGCCUUAAAACAAAGGUAUCAGUUUAUCGUAGUUGAGCAAGGUAAAGCAGCUGACUUGACUGUAGCCAGAAGAACUUGCUGUGUCUGUAAUGAAUGGUGCCAAAGUACUGUAUCUGUGAAAUGCACUGCUUGUCAGAAAAGCUAUCAUAUGGCUUGUUUGAACCCACCAUUGACUCGCAAACCCUCUAAGGGUUUUGCUUGGCAAUGCGCGUUCUGCACAAGACAAGAAUUACUGAUGGCUGAAUCUUUGUCUUCUUCCUCAAACCCCCAAAGUCCCUCUUACGAUGCAACAUCGCACAGCUCUGCAGCAAACUCCUUAAGUCCGCCCGGUGCAACACAUCCUCAACAGCAGCAAGAAAAUGAUCAGCAUCGCUUGGAAAAUAGUAGGAAUAAAAGACAGGCCCGUACAACCCGUUCUCAAACGAAGCAACAACAGCGCCUUUCAACCCCUUCAACCACUCCUCCUCCACUGCCCACACCACCCCAAACGAAAGCUUCCGUCGUUUUGGCCCCCGCUGUUUCAAAUUCUACCAAUUCUUCUAAUUCUGCCUCUCCUAGUCUUAAAUUGAAGCUUAACAUCAAACGAAAUGACUCUUCUGCUGUUAGUACUCCAAGAGCAUCACCUAUACCUCAGAACAAUCAACCAAUGAAAAUGACGCAUAUGUGGCCGUUCCGUUACUUUGGUAUUAAUACGAAUAUCGGUGAUAUCCUUGAUGUUGAUGAUAGAAUCUACCCGAGAGCCAAAAGUAGAAUAGGCUCACGUUACCAAGCGACUGUAGCAGAUUCGCUGUCAACAACAUCAAUAGCUGACAAUAAUAGUCGCAGUAGUGCGCUAUCUUCUCCAACAAGCAGUGAAGCCAAUUCAGUCUCACACCUCUCCCUCCUUUCUGGCAGCAGUAAAUCAAGAAAGUCAGAUAAAAAGAAUCAAAGCCAUAACAAAAUGAAUAAUAUCAGUAUCAUGUCUAAUGGUCCUCACAAUCAAAAACAAAAAAAGCCAUGCGACACAACGACAGCAGACAUUGCUAUGGAUAUAGAUUCUGUUUCCAAUAAUGAUGAAUGGAGUAAACCCGUUAGAGGAGGCGAUGAUACAGUAACCUGCAUGUACAAACCAGACGUUUUGAGCGAUGAGCAAGUGGAUGAUUAUAUGGACUCAGUACGCGAACUUCCCAACCUUCCUCUUCCAACGCAUAAUUCUGAUCUACUUGAUCGAGCUCUAUUAGAGCUUCAUAACAAUUCCUACCAUACCGAUAUUGCGUUUGAGAAUAUGUCCAAACUUACCACAGAGGAUUUUAAGGGAGAAGUAGUACCUCAGUGGUCACAAGAAGAAAUCAACCUGUUUGAGCAAAGUAUACGCGAACAUGGCCACGAUUUAAACUACGCUAAGAAAAAUGUCAAGACUAAACCGAUGGCAGAUAUUGUACGAUUCUUCUAUCAGUGGAAGAAAACAAAUCGUUAUGAAAUUGUUUAUUCUGAAUGGACAAAAAUAUACAAGCCAUUGAAAAAGUUCAAAAAAUAUAAUGUUUCUUCAGAGAACGACAAGGACGAUGUUAUAGAGGAAGAGAUGGCAAAGGAUGAAGAUGAAGCCGAAGAUGAAGACCUUGAUCCCACCAUUAUUCCAAAGACAGCCGUACCUCCAAGAAAACCUUAUCAAUGUAUGAACUGUUUAAAUACUGAAUCUAGAGUUUGGCGAAGAUCUCCUUCCGAUAUAGAUCGUAGGCAGAAAGUUUUUACCAAAGUUUUAUGUGAUGAUUGCGGUGUGUAUUGGCUGAAAUAUGCCAAGAUUAAACCUAUUUCACCUCAGACAAGAAUUGCUCACAUCAACACAGCUCAUGCUCGUCAAAGUUCCCCUUCAAAUUCUUCUAUUGCGAGUCAAAGUCCUCGCAGCGAAAGCAGUGAUAUAGUAGAUAACAAAAAGCGAAAACGACCUCUUGAAAGUGGCAGCAAACAUAUGAUAAAGAAAAUCAAAGAUGAGAGACGACAAAGGCAAGUGGUAAUACACUUUCCACCUUCUCCUUGCAAAAUUUGCUCGUCCACUACUCCGGAUGAUCGAUUAUACACCUGCCAUAGCUGCGGUAUGUCUGUGCAUAAUGACUGCUAUGGCAUUGAUAGCCGUAAAGCACGCAUCGGAUGGCGAUGCGAUGUUUGUAAUAACAAGCGAAACCCUGUUGUAUCCUAUGCUUACAACUGCCUUCUCUGUAACAACAAGGGCACACCUCACCAACCUCUAAAACGAACAGCUGGUCAUCACUGGGUCCAUCUCCAUUGUGCCGCCUUUAUUCCCGAGAUCAAAUUUGCCAACAUCACCACAUUAACGCCUGUAGAAUACAUUGGUUGCCUGCAUCCUGGUAGAAUUGAGGCCAAUUGUCAACUUUGUCACGAUACCCGUGGUGCGUGCGUUGCUUGCUCCGAGUGUAGAAAGACAGUACAUGUUCAAUGUGCCGUGAAUAAUCAGUUCAAACUUGCCUUUGAAAUACUUCCUAAUACUCGUAACAGCAACAAGUUCACAAAUUAUCCCAUGGUACCUGCUGGACUAUUUGGCCGUGGUUCUCCUUCAGGCCUUAUGGUGCCUCAUGUAUUCUGUCCAUCCCAUAAUAGUAUUAUAUCUCACAAAAAACUAAUUGACUUGAAUUGCCGAACAGUCAAUGAUACCCAAGAGUCUGCAUUAAUGACUUAUUUCAAGCUUUACAAACAAGUCGCUGCGGAUACAACUCCAGCUAUGCGACGAUUUCGUGCAACUUUAAAUUCACGCGCAACAAAAGCGCGUCAUCCAAAGAUUCCUAAUGCCAAAGAUGCUGCUAUCGAAGCUUUGAAUAUGAGCGAGCAUAUUAAUUUACUGAGUUAUCAUCCUGAAUUAUCUAUAAAGAAGCAUUCAUCAUUGUUAUCGUUAUCUGCUUCAGCCUCAAAGUCACUAUCUUCAGCCUCUGCAAAUACACCAUCAUCAUCCGCAACUAACUCUUCAUCUUCCAACAGCAAUAACAUUGUCAAUUUGUCUGCUACUAAUACCACCACUUAUACUAAUCCACGUAAAAGAAGAGUAUGUGCUAUGGAAGAUUGUCAAAUCCAGCAUACACCUAUAUGGUGGCCAAAGAGCAACAAUAAUGACAAUGAAAAUUCAGAAGAAAAAAUCUGCAACCGUUGCUAUAAGAAAUUGAAACAACUGCAGUAA